CAACCGAUUUUCGUCAUCAACAUUCAACAGUUGUUGACCCACCCCCCACCGGUUCACGUCAGAAAACAAGAAAUUAGAGAAACUCUCAUCUAUCUCAUUGACCGAUAUGCCCCAUAACCUGUUCUCCUGGGAAAAAUGGGUCAGAAAUACUAUUCGGGUUAAUAUGGUAAUUUUGUGGACAACUUAAGUUCUGUUCUGUCCCUGAGGACAUCACUGUUUUAUUUCAAUUCUACUUUUUUUAUUUUUAUUCGUAUAAAUUAAGAAUAAACAAAGGCCAAUUUUGUCAUUACACAGAAUUUUAAAGCGAGGGAAAGAGAAAAUGGAAAGGAUCAACGUCAUUGAAGUACAUUUCUACCCCAACCACCUACCUCUAGAGCGGCUAUGAUCAGGGCACAGUCGUCUUUUUGCCUUAAAUUUAAACAAAAUUGAAGAAGGAUUUUUUCGUCAUUUAAUGACUAUAAGAGAGCGGAGUAGAGAGAGAACAGAGGAGAGAGAAAGACAGAGAUAGGGAGAGAGAGAGAGAGAGAGAGAGAGAGAGAGAGAUCAACGGUUCUUUUGUGUGUCCGUUUUUUCAGUUAAGUAUUAUAUGAGGGAGGAAGCAUGGCGUCGGACCAAGAAAUUGCAAGAGGGGUGGAGACCGUGCUACGGCAGUCCGACCCCAACGCUAUCACCACCUUAAACGGUGUCGUUCAGCAGCUGGAAGCCAAGCUAGGGCUCGACCUCUCCCAUAAAGCUGGCUUCAUUAAGGACCAGAUCAACUUCCUCCUCCGCUCCCCCCAAUCCCAGACUCAACUCCCUCCAAAGGACCUUUUUACCCUUCAACAUCAACCACAAUUCUCUUCUCAUCAACACCAACAAUUUCCUCCCCAUUUUGCCCUCCAACAUCACUCACCAUUCCCUUCCCAUGACCUUAACUUCCGCCAGCACCCUCCGCAGCCUCAGCCGCAACCGCAUGCUCCACUUAUGGCUCAACAACCCCCGCUGGUUCAGCCCCAAUUGCAGCCUCAACAGCAACAGCUGCAGCCGCAGUCGAAUGUUACGCAAACUGAAGUCUUCUCCCAAAAUGCCGCCAGUGUUGCCACCACAGAAGUGCCUACAGAAAGUGCUCCAGUUGGUGCCAAAAGAAGAGGUGGACCAGGGGGUUUGAACAAAGUUUGUAGUGUUUCACCAGCACUUCAAGCCAUUGUUGGUGAGCCAGCUUUGCCAAGGACUCAGAUUGUCAAGCAACUGUGGGCAUAUAUAAGGAAGAACAGCCUCCAAGAUCCAAGUAACAAGAGAAAGAUAAUUUGUGAUGAUGCCUUACGAUUGGUGUUUGAGACAGACUGCACUGACAUGUUCAAGAUGAACAAACUGCUAGCAAAACAUAUUACCCCACUUGAGCCUUCAAAGGAGUCAAGUCAAACUAAACGAGUGAAAGUAAAUGUUGAGCGCACAACCGAAAGUGUUGAACCAAGUGCCAACCGUGUAUUAAUAUCUGAAGCACUUGCCAAGUUUUUGGGUGCUGGAGGAAGGGAGAUGCUAGGAACCGAGGCAGAAAGACGUGUCUGGGAGUACAUAAAGGUCAAUCAUUUGGAGGAUCCAAUAAAUCCAAUGGUUGUACAGUGUGAUGCUAAGCUUUGUGAGCUUCUCGGAUGUGAAAGCAUAUCUGUGAUGGGGAUACGUGACACACUGCUGCGUCAUCAUUUAUUUAAGCACUCAUAAGAUCUGGGACAUGGGAUGUCGGUAAUCUGGUUAUCUCUGAUGGUAGAACAGAUAGUGAAGACCUUUAUCUUUUCUACUUGUUCAUUUAUGUUUUUUGCGCAUUGACUUCUUUAGAUGAGAAGCUUUUCACUAGUUGCUUGUUUACGGUCAGAACGAAAAUGUAGCAUGGGCCAAUGGCAAGGAUAUUUUGUAGUUUUGCCAUUAGCCUGGAUCUAAGUGUACUUUUUUACUUUGAUGUAGACCCGUCUUUCCAAUGCUAACCUCAAACUAAACUGAAGGAAGUCUUAAUGGAAAUAUAAGUUGUUUCAACUUCUCAGAA